AUGCUUUCGACUGUGGGCUCCCUAGUGGCUAGAAUAUGGUCAGCAAUCCAUCUCUGGACUCUGCUGCUCACUCUUCUCGUCUUCCGGCUCCUUGCUGACUACCUCAAAAACAGGCGCCCCAAGAACUAUCCUCCAGGGCCCUGGCGCCUGCCAUUUGUGGGCAACUUGUUCCAGUUUGAUUUAGAUGUGUCACAGCUGCACUUGAGGAUCCAGCUGUUUGUGAAGAAAUAUGGAAACCUAAUUAGCAUUGAUUUUGGUAACAUCUCUUCAGUGGUCAUAACUGGACUGCCCUUAAUCAAAGAAGCUUUCACUGACAUGGAACAAAACCUUUUGAAACGCCCCAUUAUACCUAGCAGGAAACAUGUGUUUAAAGAUAAUGGAAUUAUCUUUUCUAGUGGUCAGAAAUGGAAGGAGCAAAGAAGGUUCGCACUGAUGAUACUCAAGAGUUUUGGAUUAGGGAAGAAGAGCUUAGAACAGCGCAUACAGGAGGAGGCUUACCAUCUUGUGAAAGCCAUGGAAGAGGAGAAAGGACAGCCUUUUGACCCUCACUUCAGGAUCAACAGUGCAGUUUCCAAUAUCAUUUGCUCCAUCAAUUUUGGGGAGCGUUUUGAGUAUGGUGACAACAAGUUUCAGGAGCUACUGAAGAUAACAAAUGAAACCCUAUCUGCUGAGACAUCAAUGAUGUUAGUGCUCUACAAUGCCCUUCCUUCCAUAAUGAAAUAUCUUCCUGGACCACAUCAAACAGUUUUCAGAAAUUGGGAAAGACUGAAAAUGAUUGUUUACCAUAUGAUGGAGAGUCACCGGAAAGAUUGGAACCCUGAUGAACCGAGAGACUUCAUUGAUGCUUUCCUUACAGAAAUGACAAAGUACCCAGACAAAACUACUACAAGUUUCAAUGAAGAAAACCUCAUCUGCAGCUGUCUAGAUCUCUUCAUUGCUGGAACUGAGACAUCAUCCACAGCACUGCGCUGGGCACUGCUCUAUAUGACACUCAACCCGGAAGUGCAAGAAAGAGUACACUCUGAGAUUGAUGGAGUGAUUGGACAAUGGAGGCAGCCAAGCACUGGUGACCGAGACUCCAUGCCCUACACCAAUGCUGUCAUCCAUGAGGUGCUGAGGAUGGGCAACAUCGUCCCCUUGAAUGUUCCCAGGGAGGUAACAGCAGAUAGCACGUUGGCUGGAUUCCACCUGCCUAAGGGCAAAAUGAUCCUCACCAAUUUGACUGCUCUGCACAGGGACCCCAAAGAAUGGGCCACUCCAGAUAUAUUCAAUCCAGAGCACUUUUUGGAGAAUGGACAGUUUAAGAAGAGAGAAUCCUUUCUGCCUUUCUCAAUGGGAAAGAGAGCUUGCCCUGGAGAACAACUGGCCAGAACUGAGCUGUUCAUUUUCUUCACUGCUCUUAUGCAAAAAUUUACCUUUAAGGCCCCAGUUAAUGAAAAGCUGAGCCUGAAGUUCAGAAUGAGUGUCCCCAUUUCCCCAGUCAGCUACUGCAUCUGUGCUGUCCCUAGACAAUGAUGCUGGAGAAAGAAAGAGAAAAGAGAACAGGAAGAUAUGCUCUGAAUCUUCUGGGCCUUCCUCACAAGAAAGGAAAAAGAUGUCACAAAAUGAAAGUAAUUCAGGAACUAUUAAAGAAAUUUGGCUAAGAAAAAUGAGCCUAAUUUUUGGAAUGCUAGCCCUUUCUUAAUUUGGUGUUUGACAAAAUACUUAUAAGCUUCAUGACAUACCUUUUCAUCUAAAAUUUCAAGGAGAACUGUGGUUCCUCCUAUAAAGAAAAUGCAUUGCAUUUAAUUUAAAAUUAAUUAAAAAUCAAAAAUUUUAAUUAAUUAAAAAUUGAACACACUGAGUGCAUCAGAAAUUACAUCUCUAGUGGUAUGGUGUCAGUGGCCUCCUUUCAUACAUUGGUAUUUAUGUCUGGCCCAUUGAAAUGUUAGCCUAAAAUAAUGCAAAGAGAGAAUAAGAAUCGAAAAUGAGCUUCUCUUUGCAUCUAAAGAAAUAGCCAUGAAAUCUCUCUCAUAUGAUCAAAUUGACCCUAACUUAUAGAGUUCUACUUCCAAGUGUUUCUUGAGAACAGCAGAACAGGGAUGCUUUCCUACUCAGAGGCAGUGAAAGCAAGGGGCAUAAAAUCAGUUGCUUUUUUAUUUUAAUUUUUCUCUGUUCUUUAUAAAUUUCACAUCAUGUACCCCAUUCCCUUUCACUUCCCUUUCAUAUUGUGCCCACUCUUCAUCCUUGAAACUUCUCCCAGAGAAUAAAACAGCUUGUGAAGCA